GUUGCGCUCCAUUGUACAGUGAUCGUGAAGUGCCGUGCUAGCUCUCAUACCCAGAUCCUUAUUUAUGUUAUACCGGUUCUAUCCUUCAAGUAAAUUUCCUACGGCCCUCAUCGCCCCUGUUCCCGUGGGGUGAACAGUUAGGGGUUGUUCUUUAACCUAAGCAUUCGUUAAAAUGUCAUUGACUUUAACGAAGACCUUUAUAAAGCAAUUAAGGCUAACAAUCGAUACGCCAGCUUUGGGAAGUGUCCAUGGCGGAGAACCUGAGGGUGCCCCGGUGGGGCAUUGGAGAUCAGAACACAAUCACGCGUGCUCGCGUGCGGGUGAUACAAGGCUUUUGUUUCUAUUUUCACGACUUGCUCAACACGCCAUUACACUGUGACCUGUUCCCUUACACAACACUGAAAACCACCAGUAAAGUUCUUGACCGACAAGGACCUGCUAAUUUAAAUACCUGCUGUAAUUAACUGGUAGACAAUGCGACCACCUCCUAAAGACCUAGUCAACUGAAACUUUUCGAAUAGUUCUAUCUUCGUUUCGCUCAUCUUCUUGUUCUUUUCAUACGUUAUGCAUCCAAAUAACGGCGAAACUUUGUUCGUGGAAACUUACUAAUAUUUCAGGAGCGAAGAGGAUGGAAAAGCUCCGACCUACGCAGAUAAAAUAAUCUUCAUCACAACAAAAUUUUACUUUAUUUUCUAUUUUUUUUUUUUCACAGAGAGUACGAAAAGGCCUAUCCACUUCGAAUCUCCCCGUAAUAUCUGAACAAGAGAAGAAGGUCAUCUUCAGCCGCACCCCACCCCGUGACAGUCACCCGCAGUCACUGCACGCGGACUGUACUGUAAACACGGACUGUGGUCUGUCAAAAGACUCAGUUUCCCCCCACCCAUGAUAGUCACUCGCAGUUAAUGCACACGGACUGUAAACACGGACUGUGGUCUGUCACAAGACCCAGUUUCCCCGCACGGUCUGCCCUUAAGGCGGUCCUCUACCUAACAUAAAAAUUUUUCUCCAAAAAACCAUUUUUUCGGAACAUUAGGGUUCAACAUCCCUAACCAUUUGCAAAUCGUAUUUUGAAACGAUUUUGCUGAACAUUGUUUCCUCUACCAUCUUAUACGCUCCUUAUACUUGGUUAACAUUUCUAUGUCUGGUGUGUAUUCGGGUAUUCAAUAGGACAUUUAUGUAAAACCUUUCGAUAUACCCCCUCUCCCUGCCACUAACCCCCGCCCCGUUUCAUAGGGCUAAUUUGGGCUCUUGGAGACCAAAGUAAAACUAGCCUUUUUUCUCAAAAUGACCAAAUAGACGGAUCACCAAUAUCUCGUAUACGAUAUCUCCACUGGGUUUCAACCGAAUGUUUUCAAAUUUUCAAAAUUGGUAAAGGACACAAUUUUCUAGGUCGUAAACCUCCAAAAUUUGCGAUAAAUGAAUUUUUUGUCCCUGUUUUUCAGUUACAGAUAAUAUUAGUUAAGGUACAAGACCCCUUUAACCAUAUCUGCUAAAAGUUCUCUUUGUAUGCAUUUAUAUUUCUGCUAAAAUGAUUGUGAUAAAAUUCAUAUUUCGAUGUCAUACCAAGUCAUUUAUACAUAAUUAGUUUCCCAAAACAAAUUAAACGACCCCACAUCUGAGGAUUUCUCAGUACAAGAACGUGCGUUAGCUUCAGAAAUGAAACGCCGAAAAACGCUCACAAAUACUACAGAUAGGUCAUUUAUGGUGUAUUUUGUUAGGGUAUUGACUACAUUUUAGGAAAUGGCAAACAAAUGUUCACAAAAGAAAUGGCAGAGGUUACGGUUAUCAUGAGCGCCAAAAUAUUGGCUAUUGCUAACACUCUUCUUAUUUGCAUGACUGCCCCAGUUGCGUUACGUAAUAUAUUAAAUUUAAGACAAGAGAGAUCAUCGAAGUUAUGUACACAACUUAAGCAGUUGGGAAAAUAACUGAAGCCUGAGGAAAAACUUCAGGCUUAAACGGGACAUUUUCUGAGCUAGUUUAUUUUAACAACUGCUCAAGUUGUGUACAUGAGAUAUCAUGAUCUCUCGUGCCUUUAAAUCUUUGAUUCGUUUUCCGCAGUUGCGUUAAUAUAUUCAAUUUAUAGACAUAAGAGAUCAUCAAAAUUAUGGACACAACUUUCCAGUUGUGAAAAUAACUGAAGCCUGAAAAAUAUUCAAGCUUGAGUGAACGAUCUAUAAUAUCAAAUUUAUUAUGCAAAUCGCCGGAUGCAGAUCGCUUCACUCGACAAACUGUCAUAGGCUGGUUUCCCAUAUUCCUCAAAAAUUUCGUUUUUUGACUUAUAUUUCCGUAAUAUAGCAAACAUGAGUUUUCCGGGAAGUUUUUUAUCAUAGAUGUCAGAAACCAAAGAAAACCAUUUUAGGCAGGAAAAUUGUAAUCCGUUUCAAUUGAAUGCAUUUGACUUGUGUGUCGCGACAUGUAUAUUCAAUAUAUGGGUGGAGUGAUCAACGUUUGCUCCUGCUAGCAUUGUUUCUAAUGACCAAAACAUACACACAAUAUUAUCACCCAGCAGGAAACUUGAUUCCCUUGCUUGUUGACUGAUUUUCAAGGGUCUACCUUCGCGAUCUCUGAUCCUGAGCGACAUAAACUUGAAAUGUCUGUGUUUAUAAAUACUUAUUUACAUUGCGGCAGGUUAACACCGUGGGUCACGCCGCAUUAGUAAACAUAACAUAUCAGCUUAUUGGGGUUGUAUAAGCACAGAAUAACCUCUGGAGAUUGUCCGCCAGCUCGUAGAGACCUGCUUGUGCAAAUUCAUGAUUCUGAUCGUGUGAUCGGAUCAUCCAUGGGCUUUCCCUUGCAGUAAUAACACUUUGGUCACGUGAUCACAUACGACACGUGUACCAGCCACUAGCCAUUGUAAUAAAUUUUGCAGCUCAAGGCAAGCGCAGCUGUGAAGUUCAGUCAAUGUCAUUCGCUUGAAAGAUAAUCUCAGUUUUCACCUGAAUUCGCCGGUAAACGGGAAUUUCGUUCUGUUGCCAUCGCGAGGAAGAAUUUUGGGUUUCAUUUGUGAUGGAAAGAAUCCAAAACGGUGGGCCGAAAGCAAAUGGCUUUGCAACGAAGAAGACGCUAAAGGGAAUGGAUCAACUGGCGUGGCACAAAAUUUCAUACAAAGCAUUGUACGCUCUUCUCUUCGUUACCCCAGCUUUGGUUCAGUAUGGUUUGGGCUUGCCGUUUUGGUGUUAUCCGCUAGUCUUCGCUGUGCUAUUUCUGCCUCUAUUCGGAACUUUUAUGAUGCUUUUCAACCGAAUGUGCGUCGCUGAAAACGCCACAAAAUCAGUGAAUGUCAAACGGUUCAUCGAAUUCAGUGACCCAUGUCUAGCAUCAAAAUACGCCAACCGGAAGAUACCUAUGAUAGUUCUAUACGAAGCCUAUGCAGACGGCAAGCUAGAUUUCAAGUGCGAUGUCUUAGAAGCGCUGGAAAACCGCCACCAAUUUGCGACUUUUGAACUGACAUUUUAUCACGUCAAGUUUUUGCUUUGCAACUUUUUACCCGAAAUGAUUUUCCACUCGAAAAAUCAAGACGCUGAACAGGUUUGCGAUCACUACGACCGAGGCAAUGACUUUUAUCGUGGAUUUCUAGGACCUGUGAUGAUUUACACUUCAGGAGUAUGCAGAGACGAAUCCGAUACCCUCGAGGAAAUGCAAUUGAACAAACUCAAAAUGGUGGGCGAGAAAUGUCAGUUGAAAGAAGGUGAGCGGCAUUUAGAUAUCGGCUGUGGGUGGGGUACCCUAGUCAAUUAUGCAGCAGAAAAUCACGGAACCUACUCAGUCGGCGUUUCCUUAGCCAAGCGUCAAAUAGAGUGGGGUGAGGCUGUGGCUUCAGAGAAGAACCUUGGGAGCCGUAGUAAGUUUUGGUGCAUGGAUUAUCGCGAUAUACCAAGCAGAAAAUUUGAUAAAAUCACCUGUCUGGAAAUGGCGGAGCAUGUUGGGGUGAGGAAGUUCCAGCCCUUCCUGGCCCAGGUACGUGACAUGCUGGAAGAUGAUGGGAUCUUCUUUCUUCAAAUUGCUGGGCUGCGUCGAGCCUGGCAAUGGGAAGAUUUUAUUUGGGGGCUGUUUAUGGCAAAGUAUAUCUUCCCAGGUGCCGACGCCAGCUGUCCACUGGGAUGGGUUGUCACAGAGCUUGAAAGGGCUGGGUUUGAGAUCCACUCAGCAGAAACCAUUGGUGUCCACUACUCCCUGACGAUCAACCACUGGUAUGAUAACUGGAUGAAGCCAGAAAACCAGGCAGCCAUGACAGAGAAGUACGGAAGAAUUGUUCGAAUCUGGAACAUUUUCCUGGCCUGGUCGACGAUAAUUGCACGCCAAGGCAAUUCCACUUGCACUCAGUUGGUAUGCCAUAAAAAUCUUAAUGUAUAUGACCGCUUGAAAUUAUUUAAGGUAAAGUCAAAGUGAAAGCUGGUUAGUCUUGGUAAUGUAUUCAAAUUCUAGGUAUUCUGCUAAGGGCAUCGUACAUAAAUCUUGAAGAACUAAAUGUUUAGGGUAUUAUUCAUGCUUAUCACCUGGUCGUCAUGUGAUUUUUGCAGUCUAAAGGAAGAUUUUUCUGAGUCAUAAAAGAAAUUGUCUUUCUUACAAAUUAUUGCUUUAGCAGACCCAAAAAUCAGAAAAUAGAUUGACAUUUUCCUUUUUAAAAUACAUCAUAUUUUUAUGGUCAUUGUUCAAUCCAAGAAUGGCUUAUAAUUAUGGAAAAAUAUAAUUUUAACUAGGUUUUCAUUCAGAGACUCUACAUCAAGUUCGUUUUCUAUUUUUUUUAAUGCCAAAACAUUUCCACAUUACAAUUAUUCAACUUUGGUUGUGUAUCCUGUAUUUGUUUCUGUAGAAGGCAUUAAGAUAUUUUUACAAGACCACUGGUCAUCAUACAGAAUUAUUUAUAUCUUUCUGCUACAAAGUCUUCUGACUUUUGUUGAUCAAUAUCAGAAGUGAACCUUUCCUGUGUAUAAAUUUAACAAGCUUGGUUCCUGUAUGAUUGACCAUUGACAGUGAUCUUCAGAACCGAAAAUUGUUAUGUAACUUGCUUAAUUUACAUUAUGUUUAUACUCAAAACAGAAUAAUUUUCCUUCAUUUUAGCAUCUUAAAGUCAGAAGGACAGUAAAACUGUUAGCUUGAGUACUGUCUCCAUAGGUUAUAGGAUUUCUCUAUAAAAAUUUGAGUAGUUGUGUGAUAAUUCAUACGCAACUUAGAAAUGGAAUGCAUAAUUUAUUUGCUCUUGUAUACAGUAAGUGAAAAUUAUUUGGAAAAGCAAGGGGGUGUUUUCUCAAAAGGAGUUGAACCUUUUGUCUUAUCCAAUCCUAAAAUGAAUUUUGGGUAAAAUUGUGCUAGGUUGAAUGAACUGUGGUUGUUUGAACAGCUGUUAUGUACGGCAACAUAACUAUGAUUGAAUAGCAUCUGCUUUGUUCAUUAGCCACUUGCAAUAUUUUUGAAUAAUUAAUUGUUUCAAUGAUCAUGAGAUAGUUUUUGCCUUAGAUUUUAAGAAUUAUCUCAUGACAUGUUUACUAACAAGUCAUUUUUUGCAAGGGAAGUUUGACUUGACUUAUUCAAGUAACUUUUGUGGUUAAAAAUACUAUGAUUCUAGUUUUCUUUCUGUGGAUAAGAUUUAAUUUUAGAAGCCACUCCUUAAUAUUAUUUAAAUACAAUAUUAUUUUGCAGGAUUGGCUAAAUUUCAAUUGAAAUUUUGAAAAAAGGUGAUUUUAAAGAUACAUUCCUCUGUGGAGUGAUUCAAGUUUUUAACUGAAAUGAUAGUGGUGGCUGGGUUGACAAGUAAUUUUUGAUGUUUUCUCUUCUUAGCCAAAAGUUAAUUAGUUUGGUUUUCUUAAAUUCUAAGUGUGUAUGCAGAAUGAAAUGUUAGUUUUGUAAGCUUACAGGUAACAGUGGACAUAAGGAAGGAUCAAUGUUCUGGAAAUAUUUUUUCUGCAGUACUCUGGGAAAAAGUUGGAGGUAGUGUCAGAAAUCCAUGCAAAAAUAAUGUUGGAUCUAAGAAAGUUUCCUUAGAUUUAUUUCUGUAGAAACUGUCCUGUUAAGAUGUGGUAUUUUAUAUCAUAUGCUAUGCUUUAAACACCAGGGAUUCUUGCCUCAGUAAAUUCCAUUUGGCCAUUGAUGUUUGCUAAGUUAUUAUUAUUUGAAAACAGGCUGUGUGAAAGUGUAUGCCAAAAGUUGUAAGCUGCUGCUGAUGUAAUAAAGAGGUGCCUAAAGAAAAUUUACUUAAUGAUACUCAAAAUUAACAAGUAUUUUUCCUUUCUUUUCAACUAAAAGAAAUAGAUAACAUUUUUGCUGUUUCUAUCAAGUUAGAGAAACACUUGUGAAGUUUGGGGAACUCAAGUCAAGACACUUGACUGGCCUGCGGCUUGUGUUUCCAGAUCAAUUCUUGUUCUCCUAAACCUUCACUUGUGUUUAUAUGAUGAGAUAGAAACUCAAAAUAUUCUUCUUUUUCUUAAUAACUAGUUUCAAGCUGUAGUACUUAUUGUGUGCAGUCAGUAGUUUAAAUUAGUUAAUUAGGUGAUAAGCUGGCUUGCAACAAAAAAAAAGUGUUUUUUUGACAUCGGGAAUUUAUGUUAAUUUUAGUGGCUGUGUGUUUCUUAAAUGAUUAAUAUUAUGAUACCAUUCAGCAUCCAACUCUGAGUUGAAUAUGUUACUGGAUACAUUGAAAGCAUAUUUGCCUUGACUCAAUCUGUUGCUGGAUUAAAAAUUAACUAUAACUUGGCUACUAAUCGUAAUAAAACAAUUUUUUGUUUGGUGUAGUACUAGUUAAAAUCUGUUGAUUGAUCAUAAGCUGUUUUCAAUGCGUACUUGAACUAUGAGGUUAAAACUGUGGUUUUUGUUGUCCUAAAAAAUAUUGUUAAUAUUUUUGGUGUGGUUUUUAGGAUGGUGACAAGUUUCUAUCCUUUGCUCUGUUUACUGUGUGAAUACCGUAUGAAACUGUGAGACUAUAAGCUAAUCACAUUGCAGAAGAAGCACUGAACAGUGUAGCUAUAGCAAGGCUGGUAUGCCAUUUAUUCUAUGCAUUGCAACCAAUCAGAUGUCAUAUAGGCAACAGGUUAUAUUAAGUUUUAUUUUCCAGUACCUUGUGCUACAGCUGUCAAGGGUGCCAGUUAUUUUAUCACUAACAACCUGCUUGGAAUAAACAGCAGUGCACUACUUGAGAAUCAUCAAGGUUUACAACACCUUUUUCUCUGUUUAUGCAUUUGCGUAAACUAAAAGCUCUCUAUAUAUUGAAAAAUCAAGACAUGCUUCGUAACGUUUUUUACAUUUUAGUACUAUUAAUAGGUCUUCAGUCACCCUACUACAGUAGUAUGGGUAAGGGGGCACUGGUUGUCUCACCCAUAUCCUAGUACAUAUUUGUUUUGUGUUUAUUCUGCAAUGUGAUUUGAAAGGUUCUUAUUAAACCAGUGGGAGUAAGAAUCACUCCACCUACGAACCCAAGAUAUCUCUUAGUUAAUUGAUCUCGAGAUACAAAAAUGCAAACAGCUGGACUGGAGGAUGCAAUUUUUGCCGGCAAGAAUUGUUUCCUGUUUUUUGCACAUAUAUCACGAGUUCAACACAAGCUAAAAUAAGAAUGUUGGGUCUAUUAGGGGCAGUUUUAUAGUAAUUGAUUCAUCUAGCUGUAUACUAUAUAGAUAAUCUCUCAUGGAUUAUUACAAGUGUUAUUCAGUUAUCUCUAUUCAUAUUUUACCUGCUAUGAUAGUGUAAGGUUUUUAUGUGCUAGCUUUUCCAAAUGUUUACGUUUAAUGUCUGUAUUUUUGAAGACAAAUUGCAUGUUAUUUGGGUGAGAUUUAAAUUAGCUACAAACAGCAAUAGUAAUUUACUUUCUCAGUUGACAUUCCCAUGAAAGAUGUCCCAUUUCUAGCCCAGAAAAAUAAAAUUCAAGCCAUUAGAUAAGAGACUAGUGUUGUACCGCAAGGUACGAAAGGAAGUUACAUAGCAGGCCACAGCAGUAUGCCUUUUGACCAGGGAAAAGUUAACUCCUAGCACAACUUUCUAAAUCUCUUGACUAGAUUGUUAGCAUUAAAUGAAACAUUGUGUUAGAUUAAGUUUGGUUGUUUUUGGCAUGAAUCUAUGACAUCCUCAGGGACUAGACACUGAGCAUCAAAGAUAAUUUGGUUGUUUGUUUAUAGUUUUGUUUGUUUGUUUACACAUUAAUAAUCAUGGGGGAUAAUAUGGGAAUGCUUAACCUUCAAUGCAGUGUGAUUAAUCUCUAAAAUCUCUGUACUAUUUGGUAACAACUUUCAAUUAGUAGUGAGGUCACAAAUAUGAUGGACCUAGAUCUGAAUCAGGAUUCUCCCAAAGUGAAUUCUAAAAAAAAUUGGGGAAUUGUAAGGAGAAUUGGCGCUUAUGUGGGGUUGCAGUGGAUAUUUAUUUUAUUGAUGCUCGAAAUUUUAAAAAAUAACUGCUGUGCAAUAUUUUGCAUUUAUUUACUGUUGCACUUAUUUAGAUACAUCAUGAACUGAACAGUUAUUUAAUCAUGAUUGUAACAUUUUAUUUCCUUUAUGGGUAUUUUAAUUGAAAUAAAUUUCUGGCGUGAAAAGAUGUGUAGUCUGUGUA